AUGGCAGAAGCAGUGCUCUUCAGCCUCGCCACCGACAUAAUAGAACUGGCCGGUUCCAAAACCUUUUCGGAGAUCCAACGUGUACGAGGUGCGAGGAAUGAGGUCAACAGUCUUAAGGACACCGUCGAGACCAUCCGAGCCGUGCUUUUGGAUGCUGAGAAGAAACAAUGGGACAGCGAGCAGGUCAAGCUCUGGCUCGUGAGGCUGAAGGACGUGUUGUACGACGCACAGGACUUGCUGGACGAUGUCGCAACAGAAAAUCUAAGGCGGAAGGUCACUCCUGGCAACAAGAUGUGGAAUGUGGUACGCGUUUUCUUCUCUAAAUCGAAUCAACUUGCACACCGCCUCAAAGUGGCUAAUGAAAUUCAGGAACUUUGGAAGAGGCUGGAUAAGAUUAAGAAAGAUAGGGAGUUCCAUUCAUUUGAGCAUCAGAGAGAGGAAUCAAUGGCCAUUGCGAGAGGAAAGAAAGAAAAUUUAUUACCCGACGCAAAAAUAAUUGGUAGGGAAGAGGACAAGAAAAAGAUCAAACAACAUUUGUUUGAUUCCUCCCCUAGCCAGAGUGUGUCAUUUGUUGCCAUAGUUGGUAAAGGAGGUCUUGGAAAAACCGCACUUGCACGACUAGUGUACAACGAUGGGGAGGUAGAAAAACAUUUCAAUCUUAAGAUGUGGGUGUGUGUAACUGAUGUCUUUGAUGUGAAUUCAAUUAUCAAAGAAAUUCUUGAAUCAGCAAACUAUCCAAAUCUUGAGAAUAAGCGUGAAGACCAGUUGCCGAGUCUUCUUGAUGAGACUUUAAGUAGGAAGAAAUACUUGCUUGUUUUGGAUGACUUGUGGAAUACAAAUCGGGAUAAAUGGGUGAUGCUUGGAGAUUGGCUAGAGGAUGGUUUGCGGGAAGCAAGAUACUUAUAA